UUGUUCAUCAACCCGAAAUCACAAUUAAGUUAAUUUAGUUAUCAUUAGCUACCUUCACGCCAACAACAACAACAACAAAAAACCCUGCUAGCUUAGCUAGCUGCUCCACUAAUCACCCUCUCGAUUCGCUAAUCCAGUUGCCGACUUCCCCCAACAAUGGUGAGGCCACCUUGCUGCGGCGACGACGACGAGAAGGUGAAGAAAGGCCCCUGGACUGCCGAAGAAGACGCCAAGCUCGUCGACUACAUCACCAACAAGGGCCACACCAACUGGAAGUCGCUCCCCAAGCUGGCGGGUCUCAACCGCUGCGGCAAGAGCUGCCGCCUCCGCUGGACCAACUACCUCCGCCCCGACAUCAAGCGCGGCAAGUUCUCCGAGGAAGAGGAGAGGCUCAUCAUCAACCUCCACUCCGUCCUCGGCAACAAAUGGUCGAGAAUAGCGACGCACCUGUCAGGGAGGACGGACAACGAGAUCAAAAACUACUACAACACGCACAUCAGGAAGAAGCUGCUCCAGAUGGGGAUUGACCCGCAGACCCACAAGCCGAGGACCGACCACAGCCAGAUCGCUCAGAUCAUCAACCUGACCCAGCUGAUCGGGGCGGCUCAGCAGCUCAACAGCAUCAUGAUGCUCAACAACAACAACGGCAUCAUCGGAAAUAGCAACAACAAUAAUAAUAAUUCCGUCGCUAAUAGUAUAAUUCCGUUGCUACAUCUUUUGAACCCGACAACCACCUCAGCGGCUUCAACUUUCCUGGCCCAACAACAACAACAGCAGCAGAUGACGUCGUCACAGGAAGAGCUACUACUGGCUAGACUCUUGAACCCUGCUGGAGCUGGUUCAUCAGCUCAUCAGGAACUUUUUUGCAACCAGUUUCUUAACACGUUGCCAGCUUUGGCGACGGGUGGUGGGUCGUCGCUAAUGGUCAACAACAACAACAACAACGGGGCUUUGGCGACGGCAAGGGAGUCUGCUCUGCCGGGGCUGGUUUCGGCGGAGGCUUCGCCGGAGGCGUCAUCGUCGACGUCUCUUGUGCAUCAUAACAACAACGUUAACGGUGGUGUAGACGGUGUGAUGGAGGCGGGGAACAAUAAUAAUAAUUACCCACACCUAAGCAAUAAUUCUUCCAACUUUUCCGACGGGACGACGGCGCUUAGCUCUCCGGGGACGGCGGCGGAUGUGGAUGACAAUCAGUAUGAAGCUUGGGAGAAGAUGUUGCUGAUGGAUGACGACUUCGUCCCGACCUUUGGCGACAGCGGUUUCUUCUCGUCUUGGAAAGAUGACGACCUUGUAUUGGAGUAGGUAUGUUGUAAUUCUUCUUUUAUCAUCACCUUGUUAAAUGUUAGGUAGGUUUUAGAUUAAAAAAAAAAUUGAAUUCAUUGGGUAAUUUUUUAUUUGCGUGAAUGAGUUGAUGAAAAUCUAUCUCGAAUCUCGAUCGAUUCACAUUAGGUAAUUAAAAUUUGCAAUUUGCAAAGUGCAAUAUUUGUUACAUUAUAACGAGAGGAACUUUGUUACAUUCAUUUGGUAAAUUUUAACAAUGUCCCCUUUUCUUGCAUGUCAUUUUCAAUUCAUUUUUGUUAAAUUGUAACUAGAAAUUAAAUGCUUUCUUGUUGUUUUGCAGUUUAUCAGCAUCACCUACUCUCAGUGGAUGAUGUGCCUGGCUAGCAUUCGAAAGCUUUUACUAUAUGAGAGUCUCUGCAGCAACUAGCUAGCUAUAGCUAGUAUUUUAUUUGUUCAUUUAUUAAUUAUGAUUCCAUUUUCAUAUGUAUUUCUUUAGGUUAUAGGGAGAGAAUUUGCUUGAUUGAAUUAUUAUAUAUCUGUACAGGAAUUGAUAUAUAUAAUUAAGGUCGAACGAUUGGUACCAAUUAGAUUAUUCGUUCGACACGCAUAGGAAAAGAAACAGAAACGAUUGUUUAGUGUUGCAAUUUGUCUUCAAUUGUAAGAGUUGAAUAAUUUGUAUACCAGUCU